AUGUUGUUGGACUUGACUGCUGCCUUCGACACAGUAGACCAUCACAUCCUCCUGUCUCGUCUGGAGAACUGGGGCAGCAAAGGAGAGAAGGGGGAGAUCGGUCUUCCUGGACAGAGAGGCCUGUCUGGUCUUCCAGGACCUUCUGGUCCUUCUGGUCCGAUGGGUCCCAGAGGGCCUGUAGGAGAAAGAGGACUUCCUGGCUUCCCUGGACCUCCAGGUCCUCCUGGCCCAGCAAGUGAAGGACCUCCUGGUCCUCCAGGAAAACCAGGAACCCCUGGAGAUGAAGGAAACAUUGGACCAGAGGGUCCACCUGGACCCAAAGGAGGUCCUGGUGUUUCAGGACCUCCUGGUCCACCUGGUCCACCAGGGCCUGUGGGACCACCCGGUGCCAACAGUGAGGGGAGUGGGGAAGCUGUGAGUCUUCUACUGUCUGCCAAAUGUUUCUUGAAUGCAUGCCAAUGGGAGUGGUGA